CAGAGCUGCUGUCAUGUGAUAGCUCGUCCGGGGAGCUGCUGGUGACAGUGGCUUCACACCUUUGGAUGAGGCUGAAACAAAGCCGCGCAGGAACGAAGUUUUAUGUUUGUUGGAGAGGAUAAAACACGGCUCGUUUCUGACAGGACAACAGGGAAGCUGGGGUUGUGUAGCUUCGGCCCUCGGACGCUGCCAUGGGUUGCUGUUACAGCAGCGAGAACGAGACUACAGAGCAGGACCCUGACGAACGUAAACCGCUGAUCCCCCACCCGAACCCCAUCAGUAAGCCCUCAAAUGGGACCGACUGGAUCAAUAACACACCCCCUUCAGCGCGGACAGAUGAACAGGCCCUCCUUACAUCCAUACUCCAUAAGACAGCACAGAAUAUCAUUGACGUCUCAGCAGCUGACUCUGUCAUGAUGGAGCAGCAUGAAUACAUGGACAAAGCUCGGCAAUACAGUACAAAGCUGGCUGUGCUGAGCAACAGUCUGCCCCAGAAGAAAGCCCUUGCUCUCCCCUCCCUCACCAGCCAGCCCCACCAAGUGCUUGCGAGUGACCUGGUGCCAUACUCAGAUGUUCAGCAGGUGUCCAAGAUAGCAGCUUAUGCUUACAGUGCAAUUUCUCAAAUCAAAGUGGAUGCUAAGGAAGAACUGGUGGUCCAGUUUGCCAUUCCCUGAUUCUGCAACUCUGGCCUGCAUAUUGUUCCUCCCAUCCCGCUCUCUCUGUGUCACUCCUGCAUCCUCACUCUCCAGCCCACCUUUUAUUAAAGCAUCUUGGUCCUUGUGCUUCUUAGCUAUGCCUCUAACUGCUGCAAAGACAGAGACCAUGUAGGAUUGCACUCUGCGGCUGUCCAUUAGUCUACUUAAUUCUGGGGUCAGUGACAAAUUGUCAUCAUGGGCAAUGGAAGAUGUUCUACUGUAGAUGAGCCACUGGGGUGUGAUCUUAUAUAUACAACAAGGCCUCCUCUGUAUGUAGUGCGUGGAUCAGAGGCUUUGUCAGAACCAGCUGUGGAAAAAUCAUCGUUCAUCCUUCUCGAUGAUCUAAUUUUUUAAAAUGGUUGUUUCAGUGUCUUUAUUUUGUUAGUUUCCAUAGCCUUGUACUUAAGGCAAGAAAGGCUUGCUCUUCACCCCAGACUGUUAUCCAGAGGCAUGGAAGAACGUUCAAUGAAUUCACCUGGGACAGAGCUGUAGGGUUUUUGGCACAAGGCAUUGGCUGUUUAUGUAUAUACCUAUAUACAAUCUCCACUGGAGCAAGAGAAAUGAUUCAUCUAUGUAGCAAGGAAUAAUGGGAAUAUCACAGUAAUGGAAAUUACCAUAGGUCUAAGUACAAUAGUUGAACAUUUUAUCUGGAUCAAAACACUUGCAAUGUGGCUUAAAGUUUACAGUUCUUGUGUUUAACUCUGUUUUGUCAACCUGGGAUGAAACUGCCCAUUCCUCAGUGUUUCUCCUUGCACAGCAAGAAAUAUGUAAAAAUCAGAGCCAAAAAAAGGGGGGAAAAUGUUUUCUGUUGAGUAGUCAUUAUAAUUUAGAGGGCUGUAAUACUAUAGUCCUAAUGUAUGCUGUCAUGAUCUGGAUAUCAAACAUCCCACAGUAAUCUGGUGUCACUGCAUCAUCAUGAAACAGUAAACUAAUACGACUUUAGUAAAUUUCAUUGAAGUUUCACUGUAAUAAUGUUUAAAAAGUGACAGUGAAACAGGUUGGAUUGGUAAUUUGUUGUCCAGUGUGCAAUCUGUUAUUCUUGUUGAGUGACCUAUCUGUGGCUGGUGUCCUGUGGUGAAUGAGGAUGCAAACAGAAGCAGGGUGGGAGCUGGGUGGGCCAACUGAUGUCACAGGUGGCGGGAACGGACGGAGCUUUCUUGGGGCACAAGUUCUCAAGUUUACAGACAGUAAUUUGUCCUCUGCGGUUUUCUAGCACUAAAAUAAUGAGCUGGCUGAUUCUUUAAAUCAAAUCCCAGACCUUCACUUAUUUAAUAGCAGUGGAGACAUAUGGAGAUGAAGGGGGUGGGAGUGUGGAUGGUGCAGGGACAGACAUUGUGUAUUCAUGCCUUCUUUGUACAGAAUUUUCUGAUUUGAAUAUAAAACCAGAUGAUGGAUUGUAUGAAGUUCCUCUUUUUGGAGAGAGUUCAUUGUUCAGGAUUGGCUAAGGUCUUGUGGUGGUAACAUACGUUUUUAUGAAACAUAAGAACACUUCUAAGGCCUGCAAAGCUUUGCGCUGCAGAUUGUAAUAUGAUUGAGUUGUUCAUAUUAAUCAGAAACUAACCAUUGUAGCAGUGUGUGUGGGGGGGUGGCGUUAACAAUCUAUGUACCACAACAGAUAAAAUGAUCCGAAACCUUUUGUGAUUAUUUAUUUGUGUUUUAAAUAUGUAUUUGCUCUUCGGUGGAGAGCACGCGACUGUAUGCGUGGGCAGGGAGCACGGUGAGCCGCUCUUGAGUCUCUAAAGGGAUGAUCUGCAAGGCUGUGAUUAUUUCAACCACGCAAUUGAUUUGAGCUUCUUGCAAGGGUUUCUUGGCAUUUUUUUUUUUUUUUUUUGGUUCAGUUUCAUUUGUUACUCAAAUGUGUAAUACUACCUGAAAUAUGUUUGUAAUAUCUUAGGCUA